CUUCCCCUCAUUAUUGCAGGUAUAAUACGGAUACGCCUUCCCCUGAAAUUGGGUCCACAAGCCGAGCACCACUAAACCGAAAAACCAAAACAAACUUGCUUAGUAAGCCACAAAAGCCACCCAAACUGUACUUUCUCCAUCGGCAAGGAAUACCCAAGUAAAUCCACAUUUAGAAAUAGAUCAUGUACCCAGAUGAAUUAGUAUCCAAUCCAUUCCUCGGCAAUAUUUCAAUCUCCCUGAAAAUUAAGAUAGCACAUUGUAAAUCAUGGGCUUGUUCUCAAACAAAAUCAGCAGAGAAGAUUUGAAACCAGGAGAUCAUAUCUAUUCAUGGCGGUGCGCUUAUGUUUAUGCUCAUCACGGUAUCUAUAUUGGGGACAAUCAAGUCAUUCAUUUCAUUCGAGGAAGAGAUGAAGAAGUGGCAGGAGAUGCUAUGCUCAAUAUCCUGCUGUUAAGCUCAGGAUCUUCUCAGAAUAGGAAUGAAUGCCAAAAAUGCAAUUAUCAACAAAAUAAUAGUGGAGUAAUAUCAUCUUGUCUUGAUUGUUUCCUUGCUGGGGGGAAUCUGUACAGAUUUGAGUAUGGUGUCCAAUCAGCCCUGUUUGUUGCAAAAGCUCGAGGAGGAACUUGCACACUUGCAGAGACAGACUUUACAGAGACAGUCAUACAUAGGGCCAAAUACUUGCUUGAGAAUGGAUUUGGUUGCUAUAACAUUUUCAAAAACAAUUGUGAAGAUUUUUCCAUUUAUUGUAAGACUGGUUUGCUUGUGGUAAAUAGAAGUGGGGUUGGUCCAAGUGGUCAAGCAGCAUCGGUUAUUGGUGUUUUUACCGCAGUCUUCUCAUCUCCUUUGCAAUUUUUGAUUCCAAGUACAGCUGCUUUGAGUGCAAUUGCAGGUGGAUUCUACUGUUUGAGUAGGUAUGCAACUGAUAUUGGCAUUCGCAGGGAUGUGACAAGAGUUCCAGUAGAGAGCUUGAUGGUUAGAGUAAGUCUAAGUGACCCACAAACUAUAGCAUCAAUAGCUGCAGGGCCACAGACUCAUUGAUGAAAUUAUCUUUAUGUCAGUGCCUUUUAUGUAAUUGUGCCUUUCGAGGUUUGUUUUAAAAAAAAAUAAAGAAAACUAGUCUGCAGAUUUACAUAGGAUUCUGUAUGGUCCAGAAGGCUCAAAAAGGGUAUGUAGGAUUCUAAUGAUGCACAUCUAUCAAUUCUUUGUGUGUGUACGAGUAUAUAUAAGGCAAAAGGAAACAAUCACCUCCUUGUGAAAUGUUGCGAUCCGAAAGGUGUUAUGUCAGUUGUCAAUGUCGUAAUAUUAGCGAUGCAAUGUCAGUUUGGGUGGUUAAGUGUUUUGGCUUUGUACACGAAGAUUCUCAAAUGAUGGUUGGUAGUUUUUGGGGUUUAGUUGUGUGCCUUCAGAAAGGGCUUUUGUAAACAUUCUAAUGCAGCCUCUGAAAUCAUUAUAUUGUUUUUAUGUUUCAUGAUUCAA